AGAAGAAGGAAGAAGUUCUUGUUGACGUGUAGGUUGGAAAUUGUAGCUUGUAUGUAUCAAAGUACACUCUUUUAUUAUUAAUUAUUCAAAAAUGAAUUCGUUCGGUUUAUUGCAAAGGUUUUUAACAAAACGUUACUCAAGAUAAACUGGAAAUACUGCAAAGACAGACAUACCAGUGAUACAGACUGACGAGUUUGUGACAGACUCCGAUCCUGUAGCGUUAAUGAUGCUACACAUAAAGGGUGUGGUGAAAUAAGAACGUCUAUGAUAAACUAUGGGGAAGAAGAAGGUGCUGGAUCUGUAUAGAGCUCCAUUUCCACUGUACACCAUCAAAGUGGAUUCCACUACAGGGCUUGUGAUAACAGCUGGAGGAGGGGGUCCCUCAAAGACAGGAAUAAAAAAUGCUGUACAUUUCCUGGAUGUGAAGAUGGUUGGAAAAAAUCAGUACAGCUCCAGUCUUCUUCACUCUCAUGAUACGGACACACGCGCCACUAUAAACAUGGCUGUUGGUGAUGGUGUGAUUGCUGCUGGACAGGAUGGCACAUGCAGCCUCAUGAAGUUUAAACUCUGCCAGCAGAAAGAAGAAAAUGCUACGCAUAAAGAUGGUAACACCCCUGAACUUAGCAAUGCCAGACGAAGAUGUGGGAAAGCUGGCAAAGAUAAUCUUGAGAACCGUUCUACUGAUACUAGGAAUGAGACGGUUCAGAUCACAGUGACCAAUAUAGCUGAAGUGCUGUCAGACUUAAACCCACAUGACCCUCUUCAGAAAGUUGUUAGGUUCAGUCCUGACAUGAAACUUCUGCUGACCGGAGGCACCGAUGGAUACAUCAGAGUUUGGGAGUUUCCAUCCCUUGAGAAAAAGUUUGACUUUAAAGCACACGAAAAGGAGAUUGAAGACUUGGAUAUUAGUACAAUAAGCAAGCAUCUUGUGACUGUGGGACGAGACUUUGUCUGCAAUGUGUGGAGUGACAACCAGCUGGUUACAAGUUUGAACUGGCUUGAAACCAUGCCUCAAAUUGCUGAAAAGACCUAUCGAUAUAUGGCCUGCAGGUUUGGAAAUGGUGAAGAUGAGAAAGAUGCCAUAAGGCUUUACACAGUGCAAAUCCCUCAUAAACGAGACAAAAAACCUCCUCCGUGCUUUAUCACCAAGUGGGACGGCAAGAUCUUACUUCCAAUGUUAACAUCUCCCUGUGGUACUGAAGUUAUCUCCUGUCUGGCUGUGAGUGACUCUGGGAGGUUUCUUGGCCUUGGAACAGUAACUGGAUCAGUAGCAGUUCACAUUGCUUUUUCUCUACAGAAGCUGUACUAUGUUCAUGAGUCACAUGGCAUUGUUGUGACAGAUGUAGUCUUUCUGCCCAACUUGAUGAAAGGCCAAAAUAUCAAAGGGAACAACAAAGCAGCAUUGCUGAGUGUAGCUGUGGAUAGUCGAUGUCAAGUACAUACUGUCACCAAAGAAAGGCCUAUCCCUCCCUGGCUUUUCUUCUGUGGGCUCAUCAUCGUGGGAGUGCUCUUAAUUUUGCAGUACCUUUUUCCAGUGUUGCUCUAAAUGAUGCAUAUUAUCUGUGAUUAAUAAAUUAAUUAUCAGCAUUAGCAACUACUGGUUUAACAGUUUUCAAUAAGGAUUCAAACCCAAGCAACUGUAUAUUAAGUAAUUGUUUUGUUCUCUGAAUACACUUCAGAUUCACUUCACUCUUUGAGAAACAGGCUUUAUGAAUGGGUUCAUGAAAAUGUAGAAUUUGUACAAAAUGUAAAGGAAUUAUUUCCACAUCUUUGUAGGAACACACACACAAUAGACACUUUUCGAAUAUUUUCCAUUAUAGUAGCAAUUUUGAUUUUGAGAGGAGAAAUAUAUUUAUUAGAUGGACCAACUUAGAAAUUAAGUAAUAACUUUAAGGUUUAGUUGUAAAUAUACUGUGUCUUUGAAUAAUUAGUAUGUACUGAAAAUAGCAGAUUUGAAUUAAGUUGAUGUGACCACAGACAGUUUUAUUUAAAACAUUAUUGAUUGUAUCAAACACAUAUGUUGAUAUACAAUCAUAUGUGUUUCAGUCAUCCCCAUAUUGGUGUUUUAUUUUAAUUUUUAAUUUUUUAAAAGAUUAAAUAAAAGAAUCAGAGGCA